AUGGCGCCGAGCCGGGCAGGAGCUGCGCUGCGCCGCUGCGUCCUCCUCCUCCCGCCGCUGGUGCUUGCGGUGGCCGGAGCGGGGCUGAGCGGCUACUUCGGCACCAAGUCCCGCUACGAGGAGGUGAACCCGCACCUGCUGCGGGACCCUCUGUCGCUGGGUCCCGAUGCUAACUCAUCGCUGCCGCCCGCCGCCUGCACGCCGCUGCAGCUCCGCGCCGUGCUCCGGCACGGCACUCGCUACCCGACGGCCGGCCAGAUCCGCCGGCUGGCCGAGCUGCACUCCCGCCUGCUCCGCCGCCAGCCCGCCGCCGCCUCCUCCUCCACCUCCUAUUCUUCCUCCGCAGAAGCCUCCUGCCCCGUUGCCGCCGAUCUGGCCGCCUGGCAGAUGUGGUAUGAGGAGAGCCUCGACGGGCGGCUGGCGCCGCAGGGCCGGCGCGACAUGGAGUUCCUGGCCCGGCGCUUGGCCGCCCGCUUCCCUGCCCUCUUCGCCGCCCGCCGCCGGCUGGAGCUGGCCAGCAGCUCCAAGCACCGCUGCCUGCAGAGCAGUGCCGCCUUCCGCGAGGGGCUGGGCAGCGACGAGGUGGAGGUGGAAGUUAACGACCGGCUGAUGCGCUUCUUCGAUCACUGCGACAAGUUCGUAGCCUGGGUGGAAGAGAACGACGCGGCCGUGUGCCAGGUGGAUGCCUUCAAAGAGGGGCCGGAGAUGAGGAGGGUCCUGGCGAACGUGGCCAGCGCCUUGUGCUUGCCGGCGGAGGAGCUGAACGCAGACCUUGUCCAAGUGGCUUUUCUUACCUGCUCCUCUGAGUUGACUAUAAAGAAUGUGACCUCUCCCUGGUGUUCUCUCUUCAGUGAAGAAGAUGCCAAGGUGCUGGAGUACCUGAAUGACCUGAAGCAGUACUGGAAGAGAGGAUAUGGCUACGACAUCAACAGUCGCUCCAGCUGCAACCUGUUCCAAGAUAUCUUCCAGCACCUGGACAAAGCAGUGGAAGAGAGCAAAAGUUCCAAGCCCAUCUCUUCACCUCUGAUUGUGCAAGUUGGACAUGCAGAGACCCUUCAGCCCCUGCUGGCUCUCAUGGGGUUCUUCAAAGACUCUGAGCCUCUGCAGGCCAACAACUACGUCAGGCAGCUGCAGCGCAGGUUCCGCAGCGGCCGCAUCGUGCCCUACGCAGCCAACCUGAUCUUUGUGCUCUACCACUGCGAGCAGGGGAAGACCUCUGAGGAGGAGUACCAAGUGCAGAUGCUGCUGAAUGAGAAGCUGAUGGUGUUCCACCACUCCAAUGAAACCAUCUCCACUUACUCUGCCCUCAAGGAGCAUUACAAGGACCUGUUGGAAAACUGCCACUUCCAAGAGGAGUGUGAGCUACCCAAAACGAACAUGACUGCGGUGGAUGAGCUGUGAGGAUGAGCUGUUCAGUUGGACACAGCCUGGCAACAAGCACUUGGGGUGAUUUGCUGCUGCUUGACCUUGGAGGUGGGCUGGGUUGUGUCUGUUAGCUCAGAGGGGUCUGGCUGGGUGUUUGCAGUGAGCACCCAGUGCAGGAGGGAGCCUAUCUCUAUCUUUGUGGUACAACAAAGUCCUUUCCUUGGCCAUUCCUCUUGGAUGGAUUUAAGAGCUGAGCCAGCUUCUGUUUUCUCAGAGCUUGGAGGUGCUUGGGCCUCUUUUGUGCUGCCUCUUUUGUUUAGCUUUGCUUUUCCAGCAUCAAGCAUGAAAUAAUUCAACCCUGUGAGCUGCUUUUACUCUUUUCCCUGAGCUUCCAGGAAGGAGGGGAUAUGACAUCUUCCUUCCCAGCUGCCCAACUUCUGCCUGGACAGCACCAUGGGAACAUCUCUUCGUUGGGCAGGAGCAGCUGCAGUGUUCUUGCAGGCAGUGUCUGCCUCAGAAGGGGCCAGGACUUAAAGUCAUCAUGUAGCAAGGUAGCUUGCAGGGGAAGCUGUGGAAAGUAGUCAAGAAAAGAAGUGAGGAAGUGGAAAGCAGCCACUCUGCUUCUGAGGUGCUCUAGGAGGUGCACCAGGGCUUCUCUGAAGCAGGCUGGUG